AUGGGUGAUGUUGAGAAAGGCAAGAAGAUUUUUGUUCAAAAGUGUGCCCAGUGGCACACUGUGGAAAAGGGAGACAAGCAUAAGACUGGGCCAAAUCUUUGCGGUCUCUUUGGGAGGAAGACAGGUCAGGCGGCUGGAUUCUCAUACACAGAUGCCAACAAGAACAAAGGCAUCACCUGGGGAGAGGAUACCCUGAUGGAGUGUUUGGAGAAUCCCAAAAAGUACGUCCCUGGAACAAAAAUGAUCUUCGCUGGAAUUAAGAAGAAGGGAGAGCUGGGCGACCUAAUAGCUUAUCUUAAAAGGGCUACUGAUGAGUAA